GAUUUAUUCCAGGACUAACAAUUAGUUAUGGCAGACAUCAAUUAUCAAGUAAGUUACCUAUUUUUAUUCAAUACAACAAAAAAACCAGCCGAGUUUUGCCAUGCACGAUAGUGCAGUGGCCUACAAUCGCAUCUUAGCUUGUCAACUACAUUGUCCUUCGACCUUUGUGUCCAACCUUGACCUCCUUUGACCUCUUGCUUCCAUCGGCACUUGCGACGUAUCAUGUUGUUCCAAGUACCAAGUCAGCUGCUCCGGAUAUGUCUUCUCUCGUUCGCUGCUUUCUUCAUUGCCACCACCGUUGUCGCCAAUCCCUUACCUGUACCAAUUCAUCGGCGAGUAGGGCCUGAUUCGAAACAGAAAGAGACACGUGUACAGCUUUGGUUUGGGCGUGCAAAUUCCGAAGGACAGUGGAUCGAAGUCAAAAAACCGUAUCAGGCCGGCGAGGUCGGAGUUCUCGGCUUUGGAAAUUGGUUGGCACUCAGCAUGUCGACCGCUGUAGAUAAGAAGACGGCGGAGGUAGUUUCGCGCAAAAUUAUCACCCUCAAUCCUCCGAAUAGCGAUGUUCUGGGAAGAGGGAAGAAAUAUGCUCAGUACUUGGAUGGGAAAGUUGAUUUCGCUAUUGAGGGUAGUCGAAAAGUGGAAGCCUUCCAAGAAGCUUUGCGGGCCGGGUUGGAAAACAUCGCAUAUAUCGAGAACGAGACUAACGACCAUCUCGAUCGCGACAUGACUUACAUUUCAGCUGCCCUACAGCUGACACAAAAAUACGGGUUCUUCCAAGAAGGCGUUUAUGAAGAGGUGUCGACAAGUUGGGAUACGAUAAUGGGAGCAUACGAGAUAAUGCGCUCUGCACAUCAUUCACAGUCUACCUAGUGGCAGGGUGAGAACGUGAAGAGCUACACAUUACUAUCAGUCAUUCCCCACUAUAGAUUGUGUUUUUGUGGUCGAUUAAUUAUUAUCUAUUCGAGAGGAGUUCAUUGAGGAAAACCCGAACGACGACGUCUUCAUAUAAUCAUUCAACCAGCCCGAAAAGACUGACAACAGCCACGGAUGGAGGCCCUCCUUCCCGGGCCUUCGUUUGACCACAAUAUGCAAGAAGAUGUUUAGAAGGGUGCCAACAAACUGUCGAUGCUGCGACAAGGGACGGCACACGGUGCAGAGGAGUACCAGUUUCUGUGGCGCACUAUCAAGAU